AUGCCGAUACACCAGAACAACAACUUCGCGGGUCGAUCAAAAAAUGCGGCUCUCGGACGGGACAACCCUGGGCUAUGCCGAAUAUGGCUGUGGAACAAGCUAUCCGCCGAUGUUCAUGGCUAUCCCCAAUGUCGCCUUGAGGCCUCUGCCGUAGAGCACAUCUUCCGCCAGCGCGGAAUUCGUGUGAUUGCCCCGGAGCGCUCAGGCUUCGGCGUUUCCACAGUUCGAUCUAACCGACGCAUCAUGGACUGGCCCGUCAAUUUUCAGCCACUGGCUCACCAUCUCAGUCUCUCGCAUUUUGCAGUCAUUGGUGGCUCCGGUGGCGGGCUCUAUGCAUUAGCGUGUGCCCAGGUGCUUCUGUCCCCAUCCUUCAAACUAUACGAAGGCGAUACACACUUCACCAUGCAUAGACAUCUGGACGAGAUCCUGUCAGAACUGAUUCUCGAGAGCUCAUAG